AUGUCUACAUUCGUUCCAUUCCAAUCGGCUCAAGUCUACGAAGAACGACUCAAAGGCAGCUCGACCACCGAGGGACAAGGAUGGGUACGGAUGGACCACGAGGACAACUCGGAAGAAGAUAAAGCUCCAUUCGGGAGUCAGCCGAUAACUCUUUUGUCAAUAAAGAAUUAUCCCGAUAUGACUGUUCGAGCUAAAGCAAAAUUGCCAUGUGGGCACUCGCUGUCGAGACGGCAUUUGGGUAGUGAACCCCUGUCCGUCUCGGAAACCAGAAAGACAGUUAAACAAAGAAAGAAAAAAAAACAUUUCAACACUCAAACUUUAUUAAAACGAAACCCAGCUCUUACUGAAAAAGUUCCUUGUUGUGUUCUUCACCAGUUUCGAAUCACCAAUACUCACGUUCUUUUUUCAUCCGAACUCAAUUCAAGCAUAAAUUUCUACACUUUUUGUUCCUAUUUUUCUUAUAUCUCCCGUCACUUUGGCACACCUGGAUACUUGAUACAAGUGCGUGGUGAUGGCAUAGAGCAAUCGUGUUUGCCUACUGGGAAAAAAAAGAGAGAAAAAGAGAGCGAAGAAAGUUUUCACGCAGAAGAGACGGAUAGUGAGAUUGAGUCGAGUUCCUCUCUUAACCUAGAGGCCGGUUCCUGUUGUGAUGAGAAGGGGACCUGCUCAUCCUCCAUCCCAGCAGUAGUUAGUCAUAUCUUUCGUUCUGUUCAUCGAUGUCUGACCCAUUGCCCUAUACACUCUCUAAACUCUCCUCUAUCUCCACACUCCAUCCAAUUUCUUCGGGAUCGUGAGAAGCUCCCUUCCCGUCGUUUCUUGCUCCCGCGUCCCAUCCUAUCUGGAUAUCGAUUUCCACCUCACACAGAACUUGUUGUUCCUCGACGACUCGACAAUCAGAUGACUACUCAUGACAUCAUCUACUCAGAGCACCCACUUUCACUUUUUCCUCACUCUUUCAAUAGCCCUAUUCCUGCUGACUGUAACGAGGACGAAUGCCCGUCGGUAAUUCGGGAUCUCGAUCGGGUCGUCUGGCACGUAUCAGCCAAUCCAAUAUUCGACCGUUUGGAUCAAAUGGCGGUGGAGCUACGAACAGUUAUGGACCUGAAGCCAACUUUUUUGCGCUUUUUCACCCAUCCCAGAGUCGUCAUUUUUUCUCGAGUUGGGAGCAAGAACUCCCUGGAGAAGACGGUUGCUGAGGGAAAGGAAAAAAGGCCAUUUUAUUGUCAACUCUCUUGUGUUGCUCUCUUCGCACUGCCAAAAAUGAUGAGAGAUGCUCUUCUCUGGAGCAAAGAAGUUUCUUCUUCGGACCGACGACAAACUGACACCCACCCAAAAAACUGGGGAGGAAAAAAUGCGGAAACCGGAAAACCCAGAAGGCAAAAAAGUUUAUGA